AUGGUGCUAGCAGAACUUGGCAGGAAGAUUACUUCUGCCCUUAGAAGCCUUGGAAACGCUACAAUAAUCAAUGAGGAUGUAUUAAAUAGUCUUCUAAAGGAGAUUUGCACAGCAUUAAUUGAGUCGGAUGUUAAUAUUCGUCUGGUCAAACAGCUACGAGAAAAUGUGAAAACCACCAUUAAUUUUGAUGAAAUCGCAGCUGGUGUGAACAAACGUAAACUGAUUGAAAGUGCUGUCUUCAAUGAAUUGGUCAGAAUAGUUGAUCCUCAAGUGAAAGCCUGGCAACCGACCAAAGGAAAGAGUAAUGUAAUCAUGCUUGUUGGUUUGCAGGGCAGUGGCAAAACCACAACCGCCACUAAACUUGCCCAUCACUACCAGAAAAAGGGCUGGAAAACAUCACUCGUCUGCGCAGAUACCUAUCGUGCUGGUGCCUUUGAUCAGUUAAAACAAAAUGCAACAAAAGCUAGGAUCCCUUAUUAUGGUUCUUACACUGAACCCGACCCCGCUGUGAUUGCUAAAGAUGGUGUCAAGCGUUUCCAGGAUGAGAGGUUUGAGAUUGUUAUCGUGGAUACCAGUGGCAGACACAAGCAAGAAGAGGCUUUAUUUGAGGAGAUGCUUCAGGUUUCGAAUGCUAUCAAUCCUGACCAUGUAAUCUACGUUAUGGACGCCUCAAUUGGUCAAGCUUGCGAGGCCCAAGCGAGCGCCUUCAAAUCGAUGGUUGAUGUUGCCUCUGUCAUUGUCACUAAAUUGGAUGGCCAUGCUAAAGGCGGUGGUGCGUUGAGUGCCGUAGCAGCAACUCAUUCUCCAAUCAUUUUUAUUGGUACUGGUGAACAUAUUGAGGAUUUUGAGCCCUUCCGAGUACAUCCUUUCGUCAAGAAACUUCUUGGUUUGGGUGAUUUAGAAGAUCUCUUUGAGAAGGUUAAAGAUAUGAAGUUCGACGAAAACGAGGAGUUGAUCAAAAAACUGAAGCAAGGCGUGUUCACUUUAAGGAGUAUGUAUGAACAAUUCCAAAAUAUUCUUAAGAUUGGACCUCUUUCGGCUGUGUUGUCAUCCAUUCCUGGUUUGGGACAGGAAUUAUUUACAAAUGAUCGGGAGAGUCAUCGUCGAUUGAAGCGUCUGAUGACAAUCAUGGACAGUAUGAACGACCAUGAGCUUGAUUCUGACGACGGUGCUCGUCUGUUCAACCGUCAACCGGGUCGUAUUCAGCGAGUAGCUCGAGGUGCAGGUGUAAGCCAGAACGAGGUGAAACAGCUCCUAGUUCAGCACACAAAGUUCGCCCAAGUAGUGAAGAAGAUGGGUGGAAUCAACGGACUCUUCCAACAGAUGCCAACCGGUGGCGGUGGCGCCGGUGGUUCAGGAGCUCAGCCGAGUCUCUCAGACAUGGCUGCGGCGGCCCGAUCAGUGAAUUCUGCUAAGAUGGCUCAGUUGCAAGCUUCCAUGGCCCGAGUCAUGGAUCCUCGAGUCCUACAACAGAUGGGUGGUACCGCUGGCUUAAAUAACGUCUUCCGACAACUCCAAUCCGGGAACUUUGGAGGACUGGGGUCGGGAAGUCCAUUUGGUUGA